AUGUAACAAUCUACUGCUAAAAAUCUGAGGGACUUGUUAAUAAAACAAUAACUGAAUUCUAAGAUCCAUUUCAAGGGGGAGCCAAUAAAAGCACCAGUGAGAAAACAAUCUGGAACUUGGGAAUGCCAAUGUAAUCUAAAACAUUGUACAAUCUGCUCUCGUAAGAAGGUGAAUCAGAGUCCUAUGAUUCGACAAUCAGAUUCAAGAAAAGAAAUAAAGGUUGGGAGUUCAAUAUCAGCCCAUCAAUCACCGAACAGGGAGAAACAGAGUCAGAUCUUAAUGAAUAGACAACCAUCAGCAAAAAAACCAUCGUACGCAGAGAAUAUCAUAUAUCAUAAAAGCAAUGUGAGCAAUUCGUAAGUGUACGAACAUAGUUAUCAAUUGAAAAGUAAAGUAAUACCAAAAAAAGUUGAGAGCAAAAGCAUGUUGAGCAGUACCUAGAUGUCAUUUAAGUUGAAGUUGGCUAGCAAAUACAAUUCAGCAAAUUCAGUGAAUUCAAUCAAUUCACAAUCUCGAUCUGAACAGAUAUUGAACUCGAUAUCUGAAUCAGCUCCAAAUUCCCCCAAGAAGGAGAAGCAAUCUCACGGUCGUAAAUCAGAGUUGAAUGAUAAAACUCAAUUGGUAGCAUAAUAGGUGGAGAGUGUCCCUCCAGAGAUAGUGGGACGUCAACAUUUCAAAUUUCUAUAUGUGAUUGGGAAGGGAGGCUUUGGUAGAGUAUGGAAAGUAGAAAUGAAGAAAAAUAAAAAGAUGUACGCUCUAAAGGAAAUGGCAAAGGCUAAGAUCAUUCAGAAACGUAGUGUAAAUUCUGUACUAAAUGAGAAAUAUUUGUUAGAACAUCUUCAUCAUCCCUUCCUUGUUAAUAUGUCAUAUGCAUUCUAAGAAAGAGAAAAUUCAUAUCUAAUCAUCGAUCUCUUGACCCGGUGGAGAUUUACGUUUCCAUUUAGGAAAGAUGAGAAA